AUGAUAUGGAUAACAAAAUUAAUUUUACUAAGCAUAUCCACAUACACCACUAUAUAACAUAAAUCUAGAUGGUACAAAAAUGCUCAAUUUCUGAGUUAAAAUAAAACAACUAGUGGAUGUUUCUUUUUGCCAAAUAUGUAUACUUUUUUUUGAAGAAAAAAUGUUAAACCCAUGUUUAUUAAAGAACCAGACAUAACUUCUGGGUGGGAGGUGUAGUUAUGAUAGGCUAUCUCCCGAGUAUUCAUGCGGACGGAUCCGCAACCGUGGUUAGCAGAACAAUGUGACUUAGUUUCCACGGCAGGAGUAUCGAAUCCAAAAUGUGUUAGCUUCUAGAACCCGUCCAUUACCACUGGACCAUAAUGUCCCGCUCAAAUAUGUAUACUCCUACUAUCAUUAUUUUAUGUGAACUUUUUGUAGGUUGUACAAAAGCUAUGAAACAGUUUGGCUAUCCUAAAUUAGUUUCGGGACAUAGUUUGUUUGCCCAUCCCAGAUCUUCUUACCAAACAAGGGAAGUAAUUGUUCAAUUAAAACCAAAGUGCUGAUAAUACGACGAAAAAACAUUAUUAUAAGUCAUUGUUUUAUUCAUAGGCUCUCUUAAGGAGUGGAUAUGAUUCCACAACGACAACAAUAAAUUACAGCAAGAGUAAGACACCUGUAAAAUAUUUGGUUUCUCCUCAUCUCAAUAAUGCAAACCCAAACAACAGAAAACAAUUAAAUAUCCACCAAGAAAAGUGAUUAUAUAACAAGUUAACGACCAAGAAUCCACAUUAAUUAGAAUAAUUUAAAAGCAUAGUUAUAUAACUCCAUGGAGAUGGACCAAACAAUCCAAGAAAAAAGGUAGGUUAGCAAUGUUGACCAUAUUUUUCACAAGAUCACCAACAACAAAAAAUAAACACAAAAAUGGCUAUGGUCAUGGUUGUACGGACAAGUAUAUGCAGCUAGAUAACUUGAUAUCGUGUGUUCAGGACUGAGAAUCCCGAGGUAAAGCUCUCUGCCCCCACUUUCCUUCAAGAAGAAUAUGUGGCUUAUGGAAAACACAUGAAAAGCUACAAAGCUACACAUUUUGUUUUGUGGAUACAAAUUAAUCCUCACAAUCUUCCAAGUCGCUGAGAUUUUUGAUAAGAAGAAAUCUGGAUAGUCAAUGAAAAUCAUAUGUUAACAUAGACUUCUCCCUAACUCUAAUCCAAUACUUGUAACUUUCCUUGUCUUACGGACAUAGUUAGCCUCGUGCUGUGACUAUUGACUAGAGACAAGACUGUUCCUGGAAGUAGUUGACUAGGUAUCAAAAGUGUAGAUACACAUUUCAAAACUGGUUCUGUCACAUGCAUAAACUAUUUGUUUUGAAUACAAGCUUAAUCUAGAGAAUGACAUUAUAACACUAAUUGGGUAAGGAAAAUAAACAUUAACAACAUUUACAGAAAAUAUGUCUCUACUGAGCAUCAUAUGCCAAAUCUGGAUCCAAAAAGACACUUGCAAACACAAUCUUACAAUCUUUUGAGGUGAUUAGUUUGGAUCUUUGAUAGUCAUUUCCAAAAUAUUUUCUCAGUAUUAUUUUCCUAUGGAGACAAAAACUUAACGUCGUUCUCUCUGUUUUGGCAAAGCAAAGAUAUCUUUGCCAACUGGCACUAUACCUUACCUCAAAUCCUCCUUUAUAAAGAGCAAGGACUACAUCUGUGCAACAUAUCCUCUCUUUCAUAUAAGUUAUUACUAGAGAAAUACACCAAACUUUUUCACAAUGGCAUCAAACUCAAUGUCUUCUUAUGGAUCUGGCUCAUGGACUGUUAAGCAGAACAAAGCCUUUGAGCGUGCUCUAGCAACCUAUGACCAAGACACUCCUGAUCGUUGGUAUAAUGUUGCUAGAGCUGUUGGUGGAACAACACCUGAUGAAGCUAAGAGACAAUAUGACCUUCUCGUACGUGACAUCGAAAUCAUCGAGAAUGGGCAUGUGCCAUUCCCUAACUACACGACUACUGGAGGCAGAACCAAAGGCAGGCUGUGAUGAGGAAAAAAGGUAUUGUUAUUCUUUUGCAAUCUAAUUCCAAACAUUUUGUGAUAAUUACAACAAAUCAACUGUGUUUAUAUCCCUAAUAGCCCGCUUAUUUUCCAUUUUAAAAUACUUCUAUGAACAAGGUUAUAUGUGUGCCUGCGUCAUGAUAAUACACACCAAAUCAAACAUAAAAGGGCAUGUCUGUUUCAGAAUAAAACAUCUUUUACUUUACAAAGAUUCUCUGACUUCUUAUGCUAAGCAAUGUGAGUCUCUAAAUCUUCCAAGUGUUUCCUUCUCAGUGCCUCCUUAGGCUUUGUAACAAACCAGACAACAAAAGGUACCCAAAAUAUUUAUGCCUAGGAUCAUUCCUUCUCAGUUUGGUAUGUAAUAUUUACUGUCCGAUCCCACAUCUUGCC